AUGUCUGAAGCCAAGUACUUUACUACCGCCAAGAAAGGCGAGCUGCUUGAGUUGAAGCAGCAGCUCAACAGCGCCAAGAAGUCUGAGAAGCGUGAUGCCGUCAAGAAGGUCAUUGCCAGCAUGACUGUUGGCAAAGACGUCAGCUCGCUGUUCUCGGAUGUGGUCAACUGCAUGCAGACAGACAACCUUGAGCUGAAGAAGCUCGUGUACCUGUACCUCAUGAGCUACGCCAAGACCCAGCCAGACCUCGCCCUCAUGGCCGUCAACACCUUUGUCAAGGACUGCAGCGACCCCAACCCGCUCAUCCGUGCCCUCGCCGUGCGCACCAUGGGCUGCAUCCGCGUUGACCGCAUCACAGAGUACCUCUGCGACCCGCUCCGCAAGACCCUCAAGGAUGACGACCCGUAUGUGCGCAAGACCGCCGCCGUCUGCGUCGCAAAGCUCUACGACAUCGACCCAGAACUCGUCAUGGAGCAGGGCUUCAUUGACGCGCUGACAGACCUGCUGUCAGACCCAAAUGGCAAUGGUCGUCGCAAACGCCGUCGCCGCCCUCUCGGAGAUCGACGAAUACUCCCGCAGUGCGUUCCCUCCCUGCACACUGCUGGCCCCGUGUUUGACCUCAACCCCGGCACGGUGUCCAAGCUGCUGACUGCGCUCAACGAGUGCACGGAGUGGGGCCAAGUCUUCAUCCUGGACUCGCUCGCCCUGUACGACCCGGAGGACGACAGGGAGCGGCAGAGCAUGUGCGAGCGCAUCACCCCACGCCUGCAGCACGUCAACGCCGCUGUUGUGCUCAGCGCCAUCAAGGUGCUCAUGAAGAACAUUGAGUACCUGCGCGACACGGACGUGAAGGCGAGCCUGUACAAGAAGCUUGCGCCGCCGCUGGUGACGCUGCUCAGCUCUGAGGCGGAGGUGCAAUACGUUGCGCUCAGGAACAUCAACCUCAUUGUGCAGAAGAAGCCAGACAUCCUCGCCGGUCACAUGAAGGUGUUCUUUGUGAAGUACAACGACCCCGUGUACGUGAAGAUGGAGAAGCUCGACAUCAUGAUCCGCCUCGCCACUCCAGACAGCAUCCAGCAGGUGCUGGCUGAGCUGAAGGAGUACGCGACUGAGGUUGACGUGGACUUUGUGCGCAAGUCUGUGCGGGCAAUUGGCCGCUGCGCCAUCAAGGUGGAGGGCUCUGCACAGCGCUGUGUCGACACGCUGCUUGAGCUCAUCAAGACCAAGGUCAACUACGUCGUGCAGGAGGCAAUUGUUGUCAUCAAGGACAUUUUCCGCAAGUACCCCAACAAGUACGAGAGCAUCAUCGCCACCCUCUGCGAAAACCUUGACACCCUCGACGAACCAGAGGCAAAGGCUGCGAUGAUCUGGAUUGUGGGCGAGUACGCCGAGCGCAUCGACAACGCCGACGAGCUGCUCGAGUCCUUCCUCGACAACUUCAGCGAGGAAAAUCCGUUGGUGCAGCUGCAACUUCUCACCGCCAUUGUCAAGCUGUUCCUCAAGCGGCCGACGGGCACGCAGGAGCUGGUGCAGCGCGUGCUUGGUCUCGCCACGCAGGAGUCUGACAACCCGGACCUGCGCGACCGCGGGUACAUCUACUGGCGCCUCCUCCUCACAGACCCGGCGGCAGCAAAGUCUGUUGUGCUGUGCGAGCGGCCCCUCAUCUCGGAGGAGACGGAUCUGCUCGAGCCCUCGCUCCUGGACGAGCUCAUCUGCCACAUCUCCUCCCUCGCAUCCGUCUUCCACAAACCGCCAAACACGUUCAUUGAGGGCCGGGUCCCUGGUCGCCGCGUUGCGCCUGCCGUCCUGUUUGAGGAAGAGGAGGAGCAGCAGCAGCCGCAGCAGCAGCCAGUUGAUCUUCUCGGAGGCGCUCUUGACGACGUCAAGGUGUCGACGACUGGCUUUGUGCUUCCGAAGACGCUGUGGCUGGACGCGUCUGCGGGCAAGGGGCUCGAGAUCAACGGCACGCUCGCCCGCCGUGAGGGGCACAUGUACAUGGACAUGACGUUCACCAACACCACGGCGCAGGCCAUGGGCGACUUUGCCAUCCAGUUCAACAAGAACAGCUUUGGGCUUGCCCCUGCUGCUGCGCUCAGCGUGCCCACACUCGCGCCCUCGGCCUCCCACGACACUUCCCUCCCGCUCAACAACCUGGGUGCUGUGCAGAAGAUGGACCCGCUGCCCAAGCUGCAGAUUGCAGUGAAGACCUCUGUCGACGUUGUCUACUUCUCGGUCAUGGUCCCGUUCCACGUCCUCUUUACAGAGGAUGGCAAGCUCGAGCGUGGCGACUACCUGCGCCUAUGGAAGGACAUUGAGGAUUCACAGGAGAGCAUCAGCACAGUCCACGGUGUGACACAGGCGACAGAUGUUGUCCUCAAGCGCCUGGAGGCCUCAAACGUCUUCUCCGUCGCCCGACGAAACGUCAACGACCAGGAGCUGUGCUACAUGUCGCUCAAGUUUGUCAACAACGUCGUUGCGCUCGUUGAGCUCACCUUCACACCAGGAUCAUCCAGUGUCAAGGUUGCGAUCCGGUCGAAGAUUACGGAUGUGAUUCGCGGACUGCAGGACACGUUGGAGACGCUGCUCACGGGCGGUCCCAGCGCAUCAGAGUGCUGA